CACUUUGAUCCACUCUUUUUUCUCUCAUUGAUGGAACCGAAACGUAAACAUAAAUUCCGAAGAAAUCAAACGGAAAACAUAAACACUGACCAUGUCGUCGCUAAAUUUAGUUACACAUGCAGUUAUUGAUGAAAUUGGAUUGGAGGGUUUAGACGGCAUAACAUUGGAAAGUCUCUGGAAACGAAUUUCCAUCCGUUUAAAGUUGUCGUUUCCUCUAGCCAAAGGCUUUUGCGUUCAGCUAUGGUCGUUUCUAGCCAAACAAAAAUGUGUCCUGUACUAUGAGCUCGCCGAACCGAGAGAGUUGAUCAAAACGUUUGAUCGAGCUGACAAUAUUGACAUUGAAUCGAUGGGUGAUUCAACGCACAGAUACACGAUCUAUAAGUACAAUCCGAUUAGUCAGGAUAAUGGUGCGUUGCGAGGAUCGUGUCAAGAUUUCGAUUCGCGGACACAAAUCCGAACGGAUGAGGUGGCCAGUAUGACAUACGAUGAGGUUUUAGAAAAGUGGGGAAAUAAAUUCGUUGUCGUCGGCACGCAGAAACUACGAGAAUCGGUGCUAAUUCCCAACACCGUGUCUGAAAUGCUUGAACUGAAUACGCUACAGUACUGCGUAUUGGAACGAAUCGGUCGUUCACGAUACAAUGGCGAAUUGACUCAUUCACUGGGUGACAUGCAACCGGCCUUUUCCAUGUUUUACACCAGGAAACUCCUCUAUCGCUACAAUUUGAUCGCCCGUCAAAACUACAUGGAACAAUUGGACGAACACACUCACAAUGGUAUUUUACUGCAUCUGCAACGAUUCUACACCGAAUACAAGCCACCUCACAUGAUCCUAACCGAGCAGAUAGUCGAUCUGCUGAAGAGUCAGUCCAACUGUAUGAUUGCGUACGAUGUCCUGAAGAAAUCGUUCGGGUCAGCAGCAAACACUCUGCGCAAGCUGUUGAAAUUUCAGCAAUUGCAAAAGUUUAUCGUCGCUGCUCAGGUCCCAUACCGUACGAUAUAUCCGGAUGCCACUCCCGUUGAAUGGAAAAUGAAGAAAGGCGGUGAAAAGUCGAUUCGAGUGCUUCAGUUGCGUGAGCCCAACAUUAACGUGUACGACAUUUGGCCGAGACAAGCCGAACUGGACGACGAUGAAAUGUCGUUGGAAAACGGCUUCCUGUGCAACGAUAAGGAAUUGUUUAACGUUGACCUGAACACUCAAGCCUACAAGAUAAUCGAACAAACGAAAUACGACGGUGUGACCAGCACGGAACUUCGAUCGAUCAUGGGUUUGACUAAGCUGAAUGCUCGGAUUUUGUUGCGGAAUUUGGAGCGAAUGGGCCAAGUGACCACAUUUCGUGUGGAUCAGGGACGGCAAAGAACCUCGAAAUACAUUCUCGUCAAAUUUGAGUCGGAAUAUAAAGCGAAAAUGAAGCGAGUCGAACUCGAGGUCCUGAACAGUUCCAUUUUGCCGGAGAAUAUCGAAGCAAUUGACGCCAUAGCAUCGGAAGCUUCAAUGUCUGAGAAAAGUGGUACUCUUUGCGAGGACAUCCGACCGAACGAUUUGGUUGUGCAAAUAAAGCGCACGUCCAAACCGAUACAGGAUCUUCAUCGGUCACCAAUAACCGAACAGAAUCAAACUCUCCGAAUGGUCGAACGAAUGAGCAGCAUUUUGAAAUUCCUGAAUGCGUUGACCGUAAUCGAAGACGGCAACAAAUUGGUGCAAUUGAUUUUAGCCGAAGAACUCAAACUGGGCUACAAAGAUCAGAUGUGCAAACGAUCGAUGAACCGACUGUUGGUGCGACUCAGUGCCGAAAAGCGAAUAGCAUUGUGGUCGAUCAAUCUGAGCUACGAACAGAAGGUGAAAGAAUUGAUGUUCAUCACACAUCCGCAUGUCGACGAGAACAACACGGUGUUCAUAUCACUGAUUGAGAAAGAGAAAUUUGAGUUUCUGGUGAAAAUUUCCAACGAGAAGACAAGAUUGAAAGCUGUCAAUGAACGGCUGAAGACUACGAAUAGACAAACCGCCGACGAGAAAAGUUCCAAUGACAAUAAGAGUCCCAAGACUGAUUCGCCACCGAAGCGGGCGCAACCAAAAAAAUCGCCCGAAGAACUGGCACCGAAAAAGAAAAUGGAUCAAAGCGCCAUAGCCAACUACGGCUACACGCCGAAAUUUAUCCGAAUGCGACGACUGCACGAAUUCCUAUUUUAUUUGAUUCACGACUAUCCAGAGGAUCUGCAAACAUUCAGUCCGGAAGAGGCGUUCGCCAAUUGGAAAACCAUCGAACCGUCGAUCGAUUACAGUGCACUGUAUCCCGAAUUGUCGACCAUUUACUCGUGUGAGACCAAUUGGAAAAUGUUCGUGCCGCCAUUGCUAUCGUACCAGGGAUAUCCGAAAGGUUGGGCCGUCAUGAGCGACAUUCUUCUGCGAAUUCCGCUGUCGAUAUUUGCCAAAGUUUUCAACAUUAACUUCGAAGUGCCUGGUCUGAGUGAACUGUUAGAGCAUCCGAUUCGGAAGCACUAUUUGCUGAACUAUUUGCCGGUUGAGGUACAGAAUGCGAUUGUUAGCAGCCGGAAGUAUGUCUUCAGUGUGGAUGAAGUGCUCAGGCGACUCUGUUGCAUCGGUUUGGUUCAAAUCGGGCCGAAUCGCCAAAAGGAGAAAGACCAACUGUUUGUCUAUGUGAAUCGCAGAGCCAGUCUGAAGAACACUGUUGAUUCGAGUCCGGGCUACUAUCAGAUAACCGACAAAGAGUAUCCCGUCGAAGAAUACUAUUUUAACUCAAUUGAUGACAUAGCCAAAUACUGGGACGAUAUCUACCGCAUAUGCUUAAAUACGAAGUUAGGCCGCCGUAAGCAGGGCUAUGAACCGACGAAAAUUAUCUGGUACACACAGAAAUUACUGGCAGAACGGAUGCAACCGCGAGGUGCAUAUGACGUGCAAGCUCUUGACAAUGCUGAGAUACCUGGCGAUGGACUGGGUGCAGCCGGUUUUGAUUCGUCGUUAUUUGCACAUCUGCAACGGAAUUGGACAUUUAAGAAGAUCAGUUUCCCCAACAAAAUUGUGCCCACCGUCAACACCGUACCGUUGAAUAAAGUGGCCAGAAAACGGGAUGCCGGAACACUCGUGAAACAAACACAACAGAAAAUCGUUCCGAUCAAAACAGUUGUCAGAGUUCCAUCAUCCAGAACGCCGUUCAUUCAACCUCAGCGAAAGCGACUGCGACAGCCAUGCUACGAUGAUAUUGACAAAGAAGCAUUGAGUUUGAUGAAAAAGCUACGCGUUGACUGGCGACCGGAUGAAGAUAAUUUCUUGCUGCUAUGCAAGGUGGGCUUGCUGUACCUAUGCCCACACAGCCGAAAACAAACCAUCACCUCAAACACUAUUCGCGACGUUCUCCAUUGGCAUCUGAAAUCAUUUGACAAGACAUCGCGAGCAUGUCAACGUCGCAUCAUUUACAUGAUGAAAAACGAGGCGAUAGCAAAGAAUGUCCAUUCGUGCGUGCAGGAGAUGCGGAACAGUGUCGAGAUCAAAAAGAAAUUCAAGGAAAAUCUGUACGAAAUUCUGUCCAAGAAAUUUCCGUGGGACGAAAUGUUCACCGGCGUUCUAAAGAUCGUGUUCAUUCGACUGUUGCAUCAAGUGAAAGAGAAGUUUCUGUCAUUGGUCACACUAUCGAAUGACGCGUGCACAAUACUGUUGCCGGACAAGAUCGACGAUUUCUACAAAAUGUACGACGUGAAGUGUGAAGAGUACUCGCACAAAGAGUUGAAAUACUCGCAACCGACUGAGAAGACGGAAAUCAGCGUUGCCAUUAUGACCACACUGAUUCACAGUUCGGUUUGCUGUGCAUUCGACAAGAUGUCCUGGAACAUUCAACUGUAUGACAUCUACAAAGACUAUCCGGAGAAGGUGUUGGCAGAAGCGAUGCAAAAAGUGCGAAACAUUCAAUUGACGUCCGUCAAUAAAACGGCAAACCAAAGUAAAAUCGACAAUCGAAAUUUGCCGUUAAGCUCCAAUCCGUACCACCUGUCGUCCACCUACAGCAACAUGAUGAUCACCAAUAUUUCUUAUGAAAUUUUCGGCGAAGCGUUCGAAAAGUUACAGGAGCUUCUCGCAUCAGACAAACCGCUCAAAAGCUCGACAUUUUUGCAAGGAGCCAACAAAGGUCGCUGCUUUUUGAUUAGUGAACUAAUCUGUGACCAGUCCAUCACCUGUAGCAUUCAGAAACCUCGUCGCAUGUUGGUCAUCAAUCCGAAGCAAUGCCAGGAGGAUGUGACCAUUUACGAUAAGAUAUCGAGUCGGUUCCAGGAGAUAUUCCACUACAUUCCAAAGGUGAACAUUGUCUGCGAUGCUGUGGCAAGCAAGGAGGAACCCAGUAAAACGGUGAGAAUAUCAACGGAAAAGCCGCAACUGAUGGAGUAUGUCGUUCAUCCGGUGGAAAAACUAAUGAAAUGUGACGAGACGUUGUACCACUUCUUCUGUUUGCUGAACUGCAUCGACCAGAAACGAUCAAUCGUUGUGGCCGAUAUGCGUUUAAAUGACGAACAGCACUGCCCGUUCGAUUGUGUGAUGGGAAUCGGCAAUUCGAUUGAGACGAUCAUCUCGAUCAUUGAAUCGAAUGCAAACCAUUUGAAUAACAUCAAAGUCGACCAUCAGGAAGAUAUCUUACCCGGAACGGUGGUGAUCAACGAACGGAAUAUUCUGUAUCUGACGAACAAACUUGUGCUGCAACGGUACGAUUGUGAGGAGGAAAUUGGCGAAGUUGAUGAUCAUGGAUUGUUGGCCAUAUCUCUGAACAUAUUGAAUUACGUGGAGGGGAACGGGUUCAGCGGUCUGGUAGAUCGGAUCAAACUUGAUUCCAAUGCAGACGAAGAUGUUCCGAUGGAAGAUAUCCUAACGUUGACCAGUAAAAACGAUAAAAUCACCAAAAUGCACGACAUGAUUCUGGUUAGCCUGUGCCAAAUGACCGUAUCAGUGACCAAGAAGGCUGAUGAUGAGUAUGUGAAGUACGGGUCGUCGGAUGUGCCGAAAAAAGUUUUCAAAUUGGAUCUCAAGAAGAAGGAUGCUCUGCUGGAAUAUAUUGUCAGCUCGGCACGUUGGAGUAAUAAAGAAGUGGAUAAAAUCGACAUUGCGGAACAUAUGCAGACUCAUCAACUGGAUGACAACGAAAUAUCCAUCGCAAUGGAAAUGCUCAAGUUCAUCGAAUCGAAAAAGGAGAUGGGUGCCUCGAGCAUAGAAUUGCAGGAAAAAUUUGGAUCAAAAAUUCUGAUCAAAAAAUGUUUGGACAUUUUCUACAACCAAAACAUGGUUAUGCGAGCGGGAGUCGUGGACUACACAUUCGUUCAUUGGAUCUAUACAUCGGCCUGGCUGAUCACCACCUACCAUUUCAAGCGGUUGAACAAAGAAAGCAACGGUCCACAGCCGCAUAAACUGAUGCGAAUAGGAGACGGUGAGAGUAGCACAAGCCUUCGACCGAACCGAUUUGACAAAGUGACCGUCAAUCAACACAAAGGCUUUCCCAAUCGGUCAGAUCCGCAAAGACCAACAUUUAUGGUAAAAACGCAACCGUGGCUCCGAGUGAAUGGAUCGCUGAAUCGGAGGGUUUUGGACAAAUGGAUGGGAUUGGUCUUGCUCUAUUGUCUGCAGAAUCCCGGCAUUUCAAUUGGUGACGUUGCGUUGCGCUUUAAUCUGAUGCAGGCGCUGCAAGUUCGACAUUUAUUGGAGUAUCUUCAACGGAUUGAAUGUGUUUCGUUGCGAGCGAUGGUGAUGAAGAGACGGCGCCAGAAUCUGUUCUCCUGUUAUGAAAAUCUAGCAAUAGAAACGGCCACCGAAUUGGAUGGACUCGAUCAUGUUUUUGUCGAUGUCUCACCGGAUGCUGUCAUCAAGUAUGGAGUUUUCAUCGGCAACAAGAACUACACUUGCGACUUUUUGUAAUUAGAAAUGGAACUGAAAUAUAAACCGCGUUACCGCUAUCAACCACCGAA